UUACGCAAUCGAUUCGAAAUAGCGCAGAGUGGCGGCCGCCGGCUUCUCCCCUUUGGGGAGGGGAAGUAGGUGCGUACCGUAGGAGGGAGCGACGCACCGGCCUUAGAAAAGCAGCCAGGGUCUUCCGCAGCUUGGGGCGGAAUUCGCGGGACUCGAGCCGUUAUGCAAAGAAAGCCCAGGAGCGCGAAAGUUAGCACCAGUGGCAGAAGGAGGGGCGGCUCUCUCAUCGAGCGGGACGCGUGACUCGACACCUGGACGGGCCGCGGGAGUUCACGGGUUUGAUCAAGUUGCGUGAAGGUGGAAGAAAAUGCAAGAACUUGACAAGAUUGAAACCUUGAAUCCAGAAUGGAUUUGCCAACCCAAAACUGAGGGCCAAAUUCAGAAUGGUACAGAGCAGAUUAAUUGGGAUGAUUGUGUUGAUAAUCUUUUUAAAGAAGCUCAGAAAGUUGGGGCCGUAUGCUCAGAGCACAUUAAGGCUGAUACAGUUAUUACAUUAUGGAAAAAUGGGUUUACAGUAAAUGAGGGUGAACUCCGAAGUUACACAGAUGUUGCAAACCAGUGCUUCUUGGAUUCCAUUAAAAAGGGAGAGAUGCCUCUUGAGUUACAGAAGAUCUGUGACAAAGAAGAGGUGGAUGUGAAGAUGGAUGAUAAGAAGGAUGAGUUAUAUACGUCGCCGAAGGCAGUAUUUCAUCCUUUUUCUGGACCAGGAUAUCGGUUAGGAAGUGCUACACCUAGAAUAAUCUCCAAAGUAAAAAAAAAAGUUGAAGAAACUGAAAAGAGAAAACCAACAGUAGUGCUAAGUAAUUCAGAACCUAUCACUAGAAUCCAGAUUUGGUUAGCAGAUGGAGCAAGGAUAGUACAAAACUUCAAUAUUUCUCAUAGAAUAAGCCACAUCAGAGACUUCAUAAUUGAUUACCAGAGACAUCAAGGAAGGAGACCUUUCACCCUGACUACAUCACUUCCUUUUCAAGAGUUGUUGAAUGAAUCUCUCACACUAGAGGAAGCCAACUUAAAAAAUGCUGUUGUUGUGCAAAGACUUAAAAAUAAUAUUGAACCUUUCCGGAGUUUCUCUUCCUAGCAUUUUCUACCUAAAAGAAAGAACAGUUGCAGGAAAGGUCUUGGAAAAGUGGAAGACAAUAUCCACACAAUAGGUCCCCAGUUGUGACUCUUUUAAUGUAGAACAUCCAACUGUUAGUUGAGUGAUUUUAGCUGAAUCACUUCCACUUAUGAAUAGCAGUAAUUUCUGUGUUUUAUGUGAUAUCUACAGUGCUGCUUUGAAAGGGCGUGCAAUAUAUGCUGCACUAAAGCUACCCCAAAGUUUUUUGUUUGUUUUAAAUAGCCUGGCAGAAAGUAGUAGAGCCAGCCCUCCUGAACUCUGGGUAUUCUGUCACCAGUAAAGGAACAUUUUAGGGAAAAUCUUGAACACUUCUGUAAGUUUGAAGUUGAAAAAAAUUUGAAAGCACAAUUUGACUUCAUUCUUUACUUGUAUAUGUUAUAGUUAGAUAUAUUUUAUUCUAUCAAUGCUACUGUUUGAUAGUGACACAAAUUAAUAUAUAAAUUUCAUAUAUACAGAAAAAUACCACAGGUAAACAGUCUUUAAGCAUAAUGACUGUUUCUUUUGAAAA